AUGAGUCAUUUAUUGUUAUCUUCCUCAAAUAAUCGAAAAAAACUAAUUGAUGGUGAUUCUUCCACAGCGACUUCAACAACAACAACAACAACAACAAUGCCCACCUUUUUUCAAUCAAAUUUAGCUUGUGUUUUAAAUGAUCCAAAAAAAACGCGUGCAGAAAUUUCAACAUUUUUUACUAAAACAUGGGGUAAUUCAUUUAUUGAUCGUUUACCUGAUCCAUUGACACGUCUUGGUGAUUAUAGUCUUAAUGAUUUUGAAACAUAUUUUAAUAGUUUACGUAAAAGUGAAAAAUAUGGUCGACCACGUUUACAACAAUAUUCAUCAAAUGAUUCAAAUGUUUCACAAAAAACAAAUUCAGUUAUUAACAUUCCACAAUUAUUUCUUUCAUCUCAAUUUACAUUAAGUGAUACAUCAACAUUUAAUCUUGUUUUUCCAGGAAUUAUUCCAGUAAGUCGUUCAUUAUCUCCAUUACAUUUUGAACAACAACAACAACAACAACAAAAAACAAGAACAACAUCAACAAGUAGUGACCGAUCUGAAGGAAAUUAUAGAAGACAAUCAACUUCUUCAACAACUAGUAGCAAAUCCACAACCAAUGGAACUCUUAGUGUUAUUGUACAAAAUUCUUCAUCACCAAAACAUUCAAUAAGUUCUACAACACGUUUAUUACAAGAUAAAUAUACCCAUUAUUUAGAUGAAGUUGAAUUAUUAAUAACUCGAGCAUUAUCAACAAAAUCUCAUUGUUUUCAUGAUGCUGUUCGUUCUCAUGAUGAAAUUCAAUCAUUUUUAAAUACAACACGUCAUGCUAUAUCAUCACUUCGUGGUGAAUUAUCAAAUUAUGAUUCUCAAUCAUUAUUAACACUUCUUCGUCUUUAUCGUUUACUUCGUCAAAGACAAAAUCAAAGUAAACUUCUUAAACGUUUAGAAUCAUUAUCAGUUGUUAAACAAACUCAUAUGCAAGUUCGAGCUUUAUUAACAACAAGUGAUUAUUUAUCUGCUUUGGAUUUAAUUGAUGAAACACGAGAAAUUAUUUCAACACAAUUAAAUGAUCUUAUUUGUUUAAGAUUUUAUGAUACACAAUUAAAUGAAUUUUAUUUAUUAAUUGUUAGUCUUAUGAGACAAGAAUUUGGACAAUAUUUAACUAAUCAAUUAUUAACACAACAAGAUUUAACAUUAUCAAAUGAUUAUAUUGAAGAAGAUAAAUUGAUAACAAUUCUUAUUGGAUUAAUUCGUGUGAAAGAUGAAAAAUAUAUGGAUGAAAUUCGAUCAAAAUUUGAACAAUUUAUGUUGGAUAUUAUUGAACGAGCAAUAUCAUCAAAUUCAAAAGAUACUGCUUUAGAUAAAUCAAAUAAAACAACAAUUAAAAAUAACAGGUUAUUUAACAAACAGUUCAAAAAAAUUUUCAAAUAGAAUUUUCUUUAAAAAUAAAUUUCAUUCAGAAAUUCUCAAGAGAAUAAAACAAAACUUAGAGUCCUUCACGAAUGGAUUUUGUUAUUUUUCAAUCCCAUAGACGUUAUAGAAAUUCCUACUUGUAAAAACUUUGCUACGAUAUAGUGGCUUUUUAUGAGUCUUGAUUGUUAACAGUAGAUAAACUUGGUUUUUAUUCUUACUAUGAGAUAUUCAUGUAUGUUUCUAUUCAUUCAUAAUAAUUACAUUUAUAUAUAUCAGACAAAAGUUAGAACUUCAUCAUGCAUCAAGAUAUAUAUAUAAAUCACAAAACCUAUAGAAAUAGAACGGCAAAACAACUUCUUCAGAAAGUUUUUUUGGAAACAAUUUACUUUCGAAUCAAAACAAAGUCAUGUUAGACUAAUGUGAAGCGAGAAUGCAAGAAGAUUAAGUAAAAAAAUGGAUAUCUCAACAACAGUAGUAGUUAAUAAUGUGUACUUUUUAGAUGUUGAGGAAGAUUUUCGAACAUAUUGUUUUUUUCUAAUAUAUCUAAUUAUUGAAAAAAUAUUAUAGAUUAUCACAUGUUAUUUCUAUAGACUUCUCAUGACCAACGAGAUGAAUUUAGUGAACAUUUCCAAAUAUGAAACCAAUUAAAACAGCUCAAAAUACUAAUAUCUUGAAUUUUUUUUUAAAUAAAUGCUUUGAAUUGAUAGUUGUUUUUGAAAUAAUUCUAUAUAUCUUAUAAAAACACUUCUUGUUUGAUUGUUAUAAAUUGCAAAUGAAUAACUUUCGUUUUCGAGAUAUUUUUUCAUAUGAGAAGAGCUAAUGAGCAGCAACUAGAAAAAAUAAACAUCCAUAGAAGAUCAUAAAUGUCAUAUUUAUCGUUUAAAUAGUGUAAAUUUUGUCUAUGCGAUAUCGUAGAAGUAUGUUUUUACAUUAGAAGAGAUCUGUUGAAUACUAUAUCUCAUUGGUCUCAAAUUCAGUUCGAAACUUUGAUGUUUUUUGCUCGUUUAUAUAUUUUUUUUCAUGCAAUAAAAAGAACAUUUGUUAU